GCGGAAGUGGCCGGCUUCGGUGUGGAACUCGAUCUCGGCGGCUUUGACAUUUUAUUUUCGAAAAACGGGCGGAAUAUAAUUCCUAUUUGCAGUAAAUUGUAUCGCUUUUACGAACAACUGUGUAUUUCACUCAACGGCGUCGGCUAUUUAUAAAAUUUGGACCGUUUUAUGUGUAGAUCGCCGGAAUUAUGUGUAUUCUUUUAGUGUGUUUUGUAUAUUAGAAUUGCACGCUAAUAAAAUACAAGAUUUCUAUGUGUUACUGUUGGCUAUCACUAAUCGUAGAUUUUAAUAGUAUGUUUAUAGUAAACACGUUAAUAUUAAUAAACGUAUUGGUUAUACAAACGAAUGGCAUCCAAAAAUGCGGUGGUAUUACUUACGAUAAGAAAAAUUUCGCACUAAUGACCAUGAAGCAAGAAAAAAGUGCAAGAUCAGCGGAUUGUUCUAGACAAAUAGAAGAGAAAUACGACCACAUUUUUAGCGCAGAAGCCAAUAUAUGGAUCAUCGAAAAGAACAACCCUUGGUUGUAUUUUAAAUUGACGAGUAUGAAUAAAACGAAGUGGUAUUGUACACCGAUAAUGAGGGAAUUCUCUCCUAUAUGCCAGAUUAAAUACUACAACACUGACAUCGAUAAUAUCGCAGUAUUCGAAAGCAGAAUGUUAAAAACAAGUAAAUUAAAAGAUACAAAUGACAUCGAUUACUCGAAAUAUUUAAAAACAGGAUGCGACAAUCAGGAAAAAAUGGAAGAUUACUUUCAAAAAUGUUUAAAUAAUACAUCAGCCAGUAAAACCGUAAACCCGACUAAAGCAGCAGAAUCGCCAUCAAUUUUACCAUCCCUAAAUUUGGGAAACACUAUCAGGAAAAAUAUUAAUUCAUUAUUAACUGCUAAUUUACUACUGUUAUUAUUUUACGCCAAAUAAACCACUUUGCAAUUC